UUUCGACCCGCCCGCCCUGUCGGCAGAAUGUCCACUUCGCAUUUUUACUUGCCUUAUGGCUACAAAGAAGCUCCUCCAUGGCCAUCUCUGUACUGGCCAUUUGGUCCCAAUUUCAAUCCCCUGAGUUUAAUCGCUGACAUUCCUCAUUCGCUGUAUUAUAUGAAAGACAUUUGGAAAUUCACCGUGCUUUGGUCACUUCUAUUCUCGAUUAUCGUUUAUCUCCCAGCAGGUAUCUGGGCCUACUUUAUGUUUCUUAAAUCACACACUUUCAAAUGGUAUAUGCUGGUUCUUAUACCGUUAGUAUUUGUGUUGGCCGGAUGCCUUUCUUCCUUUAUCAUUGGAAGUGUCGUUGGUGUCGUGUUGUCCAUCAUCUAUAAUGCCGGUUUCUUUGUCAUGUCGACUUGGAUUCCGUUUUUGUGGGCUCUGAUUCAAGUUCUCAUUGUCGUCAUUGGCAGCUAUUCCACUAUCACUACCAUACUAUAACGAUUGUACUCUUUAGUCUAGCAUACUCACAUCAUGUACUAUAUACUAUAUCACAAUACAUACCAUCGUACAUGGUAAAGGCACCAUGUACGUCAUUUUCCCAAUUUUUA